ACUUUAUCAAAGAGCGUAGUGCAUUGAUAAUUUUUUUUUCUUAUCAUUUCAUUAUAUUUCUAAAAUAUAAAAACAGAGUUUCUCUCAUCCAUAUAUUGAUGUUAAAAUCACCUGCCAAUACAUGUGACAUUGGUGUUUUUUUUUGUAUCAAUAACUUUUUCUAAUUCUUAUAAAAUCCCAAUACUAAGGCAAUUUAUAUCAUUUAUUUUAACAUGAAGUUUGUUGUAUGCAGACAAAGGUACCCCUUUCCCAUAUAUAUCCAUAUCAUUUUGAUUUUGAUUAGUAUGUGAACACUGACAAGAAUGUGAAUUACCGUAAAAAUAUAGUAUGAAUCGCAUAUAUCGAUCUCAUGCACCCAUGUGUGUCAAUAAUCACACCCAUGCGAAAUAAAAAUAGACCCACACACUUCAACAGAAUAAGCAGUAGAAAUCUACUUUAUCAAAAACUAUAGAAAAUCUUUAAUAGUUACGUGAUCUUUGAUAGUUUAAUUUAAUGAAUUACUAUCAAUACAAACAUGGAGGCUAUAGUAAUCUAUGGUAAAAUAGUUAUCAUUCAUUUUACAAUUGGUAUGGAAUUAUAUUUUCCCGCGUUUCGUUAGUAAUAGCGGGAAAAUGUUGUAUUGACGGUACAGUAUAUUGUACAGGUAGAAUGGAAUGAUCCAUUAUUAGCCAAUAGAAUGUGAGUUAGAAAAACAGGUUUUCGAGCUGCAAUUCAGGUAUUCACUUCUAGCCGCCGCUCGUCACGAGAUAGACGAAAUGGACGCCCAAGCAGUUCAACGGCAGAUUAAUGAAACUGUUCGGAUUGCCAAUAACGAAAUGCUUAGCAGUUUUUCGGACCUUAUAGAUAGCAAACUUUCAGAGAUGCAGAAUUCCAUUACCGAGAACCAAAAAGCAAUUGCAGUUAGACAAGAGGCUAGAAUCGAACAAGCAAUUUACGACGGGUACAAAUUCAAAAAACGCGGCAACGAGGAGCAGCACAAGCAUAAUACCAAAGUCCUAUCUAAAAUACAGGAGGCCAGUGAAAACAUCAAGGAACACAGAACAGAAGAGGCUCAGCUUAGAAUUGCAGAAGGUGUUGAUAUCAUAAGACACAGACAAACACUGAUAAAACUUGCAGAUUCUUCAGAAACGGGGUGGAGGGCUGUUGACGAGUAUGUUAAGAACCCCAUCGCAUCAGAUUCUGACGACGAGAAGAAAAUCAUCAAGGCGCAGUUUAGGGCUGACAGAAAAAUAAAAGACGUAAAAAAGCGACGCAGGGAACUGAGGGAAGUCAAGAGUCCCUACAAGAAGCCAUUGUUGUCGUCUCAGACAACGCCCAAUGAAUCUACCUGGAAGCCCGGCCACUGUUAUCGUUGUAACAAAAGGGGUCAUUGGAGAAAGGAUUGUACAGAGAAAUUAGAUGAUAAGAUAAGUGCAUUUGUUUAUCAAGAAAAUCAUUUGAAUACACUCGCAAAUAAUAGUGAGAAUUAUGAUAAUGCAAUGAAAAAUCAGUCCAGUAAUAUAUGUAUUUCACCUGUUGGUCGUUUAAAGGAAAAUAUAGGUCAAUGGCGUUCGAUUGGUGCAAACAGGUAUAUUUUAGACACUAUUGAAUAUGGUUACAAAAUGCCUUUGUUUACCACACCAAAACCGGUUGAACUAUGUAACAAUAGAUCUGCGUUAGAGAACGCUGAGUUUGUAGAUCAAGAGAUUAAAAAACUGCUCAGAAAGAAUUGUAUUGAGGUGUGUUCAAGUAAACCGAGGGUUGUAAAUCCAUUGACGGUAGCGGGAAACAAAAUAAAAGAAAGGUUAGUAUUGGACGCUAGGCACGUGAAUCCUCAUUUGUUUAAAUAUAAGCACAAGUAUGAAAAUGUCUAUGUUUCAAAAAGCUUAUUUCAAGCAGGUGAUCAUAUUUUUUCAUUUGAUUUAAAGAGUGCAUAUCAUCACAUUAUGAUGCAUGAACUAGACAAGGAAUAUCUGGGCUUUAAAUGGAGAAGUAAGUAUUAUGUGUUUAAAGUGUUGCCGUUUGGGCUCAGUACAGCAGGUUACAUAUUUUCUAAGGUUAUCAGAGAAGUGUUGAAAUUUUGGAGAUCCAAAGGUUAUAAAAUUGUCAUCUAUUUAGAUGAUGGAAUGGGUGGAGCUUCAACUUUGCAUAAAGCAGAGUUGAUGAGUUUAGAAAUUCAGAAAGAUUUGGAGAACCUCAGGUUUCUAAUUGCAGUAGAUAAAAGUCAUUGGGAGACAGUGCAGGAACUGAUAUGGUUAGGGUAUGUUUGGAGUACAGUAAACAACAAAAUAUCGGUUGCUAUGCCUAGGGCGAAAAAGCUUAAAGUUUCUAUAGAAAAUGUUCUGGAAGGCUACAAUUCUGGAUUUGUUUGGUUUGAGGUAAGAAAUAUCGCAGCAGUGGUUGGACAAAUAAUCUCAAUGCAGAUAGUACUGGGUGAUGAGGUCAGACUUAGGACAAGGUAUUUAUAUGCAUGUAUUUUGAAUCGUUCCAGUUGGAAUUCAAAAAUAAUGUUGUCGACAGAGGCAGUAAGUGAACUUAGAUUCUGGGAAACAUCAGUGGAAGAAAUGAAUAACAAUGGUACCCCAUUAAGUCAGUUGACAGAGUCUGAUGUAAACAAAGUGGUAGUCUAUUGUGAUGCCUCAGACACCGGGUUUGGCGGUCAUUUGACAUUAUGCUCAGAGGGUGGGCAUACUGAUUUAGAGUGGUAUGGAGUGUGGAAUGAAUGGGAAAGUAAGCAAAGCUCUACUUGGAGAGAGCUUGAGACAGUUAAUAGAAUAUUAUCAAAGUCAGUUGACAAAGUUGAAGGCAUGUCAGUUGAGAUCAAUUCUGAUAAUCAAAAUGUGGCGCAUAUAUUGAGAGUGGGAAGUAAAAAGAAAAAGUUACAAGAUAUUGCAAUGUCGGUGCAUAGUAUGUGCAAAGACAAGGCCAUUCAAAUAGAAGGUAAAUGGAUACCCAGAGAAGAAAAUUGUAAGGCAGAUUCUUUAAGUAGAAUUACAGAUUGUGAUGACUGGUCAGUUAAACAAUGUGUAUUUGAUUAUUUUGAUAUUAUAUGGGGAUCACACACGUGCGAUAGAUUCGCCAACUUUUAUAACAGUGAGUGCAAGAAUUUUAAUUCCAAAUAUUGGUGUGAGGGGUCAGGCGCUGUAGAUGCGUUUUCGCAAGUGUGGACAUAUGAUGUCAACUGGAUUGUACCACCGCCAAAGUUAAUUCCGGAGGUAGUAAGGAAAAUUGAGAAUGAUAAAUGCAGUUGCACGUUGGUUAUACCGGAAUGGAAGUCCGCUCCCUAUUGGCCAAUGUUGGUCGAUAUGGAGGGAAAUUUCAAAUUUUACAUUAAGAAUUUUUCGAGAAUACAAAGUGUGCAUGCUCUCUGCAGAGGAAUAGGUCUGCAGAACAGCAUUAAAAAGACUGCAGAAAAGCAUGGCGUUGAACCUGGAAGUUAUUUGGCAGAUAUGUGUCCAUUCUUGAGCAAAUGGAUUUUGUGCAGCAAAAGUGAAAACACUAUCACAUCUUACUUCAAUGCUUUUAAAAGAUGGGAGGUUUUCAUCACAACACAAGGACACAGUGCGUUACCGGCAAGUCCGAUCCACGUAGCAUUAUAUUUGACGCAUUUAUUACAGUCGGGGGCAUCUCAACAUCCCGUGAACAAUGCGGUAUACGCUAUUAAGUGGGCUCAUGAUUGUGCGGGUUUAACUGAUCCAACGAAAAAUUCAUUUGUUAAGUCUGUACAAGAAGCUGCAAGACGAAAAGCCAGUCAUAGUAUCCAGAAAAAAGAACCUAUCACCAAGGAUGUGUUAAUUGCACUUUGUGAUACAUUUAUUGAUGAAAGUGAUUUGUUAAUUGUAAGAAAUAUUACAAUGAUUUUGUUUUGUUUUGCCGGUUUCCUUAGGUUCGAUGAGGUUAGCUCAUUAACAUUUAAUGAUGUGAUUGUACGUGAUGAUUACUUAGUGUUGUUUAUUAAGAAAUCCAAAACAGAUCAGUACAGACAAGGGAGCGAAGUUCUUAUCGCUAAAGGUUCAACGUCUGCAUGUCCAGUCAAUAUGUAUUUGAGAUAUUUAGAUCUUCUGGGUUCAAUUGAUGACAAGCAAUGUUUCUUAUUUAGACCAAUUUUUAGGUCUAAAGAUGUUUGUAAAUUAAUUUAUAAGAACAAAAAGCUUAGUUAUACUGCGGCUAGAAGCAAUAUUUUGUCUUUGUUAAAGACUGUCGUUGGUGAACACGUUAAUAUAGGUAUUCAUUCUUUAAGGGCAGGUGGGGCGACUGUGGCAGCGAACUCGAACGUUGAUGAAAGAUGUUUGAAAAGGCACGGUAGAUGGAAAAGUGACACUGCCAAAGAUGGAUAUAUAGUGGAUUCUUUGGGGAAACGCCUUUUGGUGUCAAAAUCACUGGAGUUAUAGGAGUUUUUUCUUUCACAGUCGGUUGUUUUUUCAACCCCUUCUUUGUAUUUUCUAGAGCAAUCACGGCUGGCUGUCAGGCAAUGUAUGUAUGUUAGUGUUAUGUUUAUGGUGUUAAAAUGUAGUAUAGUUAAUACUUAUAUUUUCCCGCGUUUCGUUAGUAAUAGCGGGAAAAUGUUGUAUUGACGGUACAGUAUAUUGUACAGGUAGAAUGGAAUGAUCCAUUAUUAGCCAAUAGAAUGUGAGUUAGAAAAACAGGUUUUCGAGCUGCAAUUCAGGUAUUCACUUCUAGCCGCCGCUCGUCACGAGAUAGACGAAACUUAAUGGAUAAUUAAAUCUUAUGUUUUCAUACAUGCCAUGCAAAGGUUAAACAUUUACAAAUAAGUUGUGAGGUCCGUUCACAACCCCCUGCAUCCAGCGGCACUUGGCAACGGACACAGGUUUUCUAGAGUUUUUUGUGAUUUUCAUCGUUUUAUUUCUAGUUUUUUCCUGGCCGGCCCUGAUGCUAUAUAGAGGGGAUUGGAGGUAUAUUUAAAAGUAUUGUUAUUUAUGUAUUGCUCAUAUUCUGUAUAUGGAGUUGGAAGGUUAUCUUAAUUUUUGUAUAUGGGAAAACGACUUGCUUUUCCGCGAAUUGUGUACUUAGAAUACAAUAAAUUACGGGCGUCCAGCAAUCACGGCUGGCUGUCAGGCAAUGUAUGUAUGUUAGUGUUAUGUUUUUGGUGUUAAAAUGUAGUAUAGU